AUGUCCAGUAUCCCAGCGCUCAACCUCGCGGGCGCGAUCGCCGUCGCGGGGAACAACACCGCGCUGCAAGAACAGCUCGUGACGGGCUUCAAACUCACGCAUGUGUUGCAGGUGUACACCAGCGCCACGAUGGCGGUAGCGGUAUGGGACUGGCUCGUGUGCCUGGGCAUGGAAUACGAUCGGAUAUGGAAGCGGGCGUGGACCCCGGUCAAGUUCUUGUACAUCUGGACGCGGUACUAUGGGCUGGCGUGCUUCGCGGUGAACUUGUGGUUGUUCAACGAUAACUUCACUACGGAGCGGUGCAAGACGCUACACUACUUGAUCGCAGCGUCAUGUAUGUGGGUGACACUGGGCUCAGACGCCAUCCUCGCCGUCAGGACAUACGCCUUCCUUCUCCAAGACAGGAAGGUCAUCAUCGCUCUCGGUGUGCUCCUCCUAGGAGAGUGCGCGUACCUGCUCUACGUAUCUAUCGCGGGCGUGUUCCAAGUCCCCAUUCUCAUCGGCACGGAGGGUCCCUGUACAGCGUCGGAUUUCCCUGGGAAGCACGUCGUGUCCGGAUUCUGGCUCGCGCCUGUGGCGUUCAACCUCAUCUGCACGGGCCUAACGCUCCUGAAAGUCAUCCAGAUGCGCCGCCUCUCGUCCAUGCCGAUCAUCGCGACGUUCAUCCGCGAGGGCAUCUUCUACUUCAUCGCCGUAUCCGCCGUAAACGUCCUGAACGCGGCCUUCAUGUUCCAAUCCAACGCGAACAUCCAAAACAUCAACGCCCUCCUCGCGCUCAUCCUCACGCAGGUCCUCUGCUGCCGCAUGGUCCUCAACCUCCGCAAACCCGCCUCGCAGCUCGAGACGAACACCUUCAGCGGGCGCUCCGGCCAUCACCAAGCGCCGAAUGGGAACGCGCGCUCGGCGGCGCACGGCAACAGCCGCGUCGCGAUCCCGCUCAACACGCUCACGAGCGCCACGCACUACGACUUUUCGAACCAGGUGAAGGUGCAGGUUGAUGUGGAGCGGGAUCAGGAGGAGAGUCGGCCGGAGAAGUGGAGUGGGCAUGGGGGUGUUUGA